AGUGUUCCAUGCGUCUCGACACGCGCAGGGUACCUUUUUUUUUUUUUUGUCAACACGUUUACGCGUGUCUGAUUACGUGAAGUAAUUCGGCCGAGCGAGAGUGACAGCGGACAGCACUGAGCCAACACUUGUUUCGGAACGCUGUUUUACGGUGUCUGCUGAUUGCUGGCGACGACCCGCGCCGCCAUGGAGCGGGGACCCGGGGCGCGGGCGACUCUGCUGAGGCUGCUGCAUCUCUCGGCGCCCCUCUUCUUCCUGUGGCUGGACUGCCUCGCCGCCGGCACUGCGCUGUCCGUGCUGGCGGGCCGCUGGCGCCGCGCCGGCCCGCGCCUGAUCGCCAUGGGCGCGCAGCUCUUCACCGUCUGGGGAGAGGUACUACAGCAGAAAUAUUACUUCACUACAGCGUGGGAGGAAGUGACGUCACUGUCGAAGCUAAGCGGGUGUUGUACUUCCGCUCGAUCUGCCGAUGACAAGAAACACCAAUUCUUCACAUCAGUAGUGUUUCCUUUGUCGCUGACGGUGAGCAUCAACUUCUGGGCGGUGUACUGGCUGGACCCGGCGCUGCUGGAGGAUCUCGGGAUCCUGCAGGAGUACGUGACGCCCUCGCUCAACCACUCGCUCCACACGGGCAUCGUGGUGGUUCCCCUGCUGGAGCUCCUGCUGAACCCCGAGCUGGUGUUCCCGGAGGAGGUCUGGCCCGCCGCUGCGAUCAAGGUCAUCUUCGCGUACGGCGUGUUCUCCAUGCCGCUAGCAAUUGUUUGCCCCGGGUGCGUCUACCCGUUCUCAAGAAAUCUAUCGACACCGCAGCGGUUCCUGUUCAUGCUCGUCAACAUGAGCCUCUCAGUCGCAAUCUACGGAGCGGAGAAAAGACUUUACCGGAUGAUAUGGGGUAGAGUGGACGGAUCAAGUCGACGAUCAAAUGGCUUGAAACUUAGCUGACAGUCGUCGACGCCUGAACCACAAUAGUGACGUCACAAUGAAUAUUGCAUUUUUUUUAAAAUUGUUGCAAGACUGCAGAAACAAACCAACUUUCUACACUGGCGCUACUCGAGCCAACCUUUACUAGUCAAAAUAGAUCACUUUGUGCUGAACUCUAUAGCGACUAUUUAUCAACAAGACCGGUAUUUUUUAACAAUUCGCUGUUGCCACUAAGAGUCCACGUGUAGGGAAUCGAAUUACAUUUAAGUCAACAAAGGAAAAAUGGGUAGCCUACUAUGUGCCCAAUAUACAAAAAAAAAGUUCUUAAGUCACAUUUUUCCUUUGUGUCUAGAAUGUAAUUUCAGGUUAACUAUAAUAUUAACGUUCUGGAAUUGAGGUAUUUCUUUUCCAGGCUCAUUUGUUUAAAAUAUCAACAUUAAAUCCAAAUAAAGGUAGCAACUACGAUGCAAGCUCUCAUAAGUAUGAUAAAACUUACCUUGCCAAAUAAAUACGCCGAGAAAUUUCCCAAAUGUCGGGGGCCUAUAAAGAUAAAGUAGGAAUAUUUGUCGUGGGAAGUUUUUUAUGCCUAAAAUCCGAGCCAACGAUGGUUCCUGUGCCAACAUUGAAUUUGCAGUAAAAUCAAACUAUAAUGUGUAAAUACUGCAAUCAACUUUCAAACGUUUCACGUUGGUAUGGUUUCAGUUGAUUAAGUUUUCAGAGAUAAGUAAAAAGAAAAAUGCGUAGCUAGAAAUUAAUUUUGAAAGGAUGAUUAAAUUAUUUAUGUUUCGAUUUGUAACAAUUUUUUUUAUCGUAUUAAAACACUACAGGAAAGUGCUGGGACUGUUUGUCAAUGCAUAUUAUGGCCCAUUACUUUUCCAUUUUUUCUCCUCUAAAGUAAUUGUACCCAUCUUCUAAGAACUUUGCUGUCGAAAAUAAAUAAACCCAAUUCAAACAAAAAAAUAAAAAAAAUAAAA